AUGGUCUGUCAGCUGACGGUGCGGAGCAAGUCUUCACAUCAUAAGUUGGACGGUGGAGCGGUUCGGAUCGAUUCACAUUGCGUCGAAGUUCGCAUUGGACUGACGAUCACUCGUUUAGCGCCCGCUGUCAGAGUAGGCAGUAAAACCCGCUCCGCCUUAUUCUUCUGCGUCGUGCUGGUCGCCGAACUGGGUCAGUGGACCAGUGAGAUCAGUGCCGUCGUAAUUAAUUCCAGGUCGCUGCUCGGCGGCGGCAUUCGGCUGGAUCGUCCAAAGUCUCCGUCGUUUACCGCAGAUCGUCGGUUGAUCAGCCGAGUGGACGGACGGCAGACCAUCGGGCGCCACGACAAAACACAUCCGUUGCAAAAGCCGCUUGCCGACCGCGUGUGGGCAUCGGUGAGACUGAGGGAGCGAGUGGGCGAGUGGGCGAGUGCGCGAGUGAGCGAUGUCGUGGAACACGGCGUUGCUGGCGGUCGCGUGCCUUUGUUGUCGCCUCUACGACAGCGGAGGAGAUGA